AUGGACAACAUGCAAGAUCUUGACCCCAAGAUCUACACUGUCUUAUGGAUUUGCCCGCUGAAAGUAGAGGCAGACGCUGCCUAUGCUGCUCUAGACAAUCAGCAUCGCGGGAGGUGGGCACAGUCCGACUCCAAUGGCAAGCACUACGCCCCGACUGCCGGUGAUAUGUGUGGCCAUAAUGUCAUCAUUAUGACCAUUCCUCCUGGCACCUUAUACGGCACCACGACUGCUACUUCCAUUGCCACUGAAGUGAGGAUGUCCUUCCCCUCCAUCCGCAUCGGCCUUCUUGUCGGUAUUGCGGCCGGACUACCGAAUUUCUCGUGCAAUCCACCUAUAGAUAUCCGUCUGGGUGACGUUCUUGUGGCAUUGUCCUUCGAUGAGAAGCCGCCAGUCGUUGCCUACGACCUAGGCAAGGAGACGGGCAAUGCUGAGCUUGAACUCUUGCGUCAUGGUCAAGCGCUGCAUCUUUCUGAGUCAGUGCUUCGAAGCAUGUUUGGCAACAUUUGGCGCUCGGACGCAAAGACAAAUGGAUCUGCGUCGCUGAUGUAUUAUUACAACAGUAUCAAGGAUAAGGCAGUGUCUCCGGGUUGCUCUUGGGAAUACCCUGGUUGCCAUGAAGACAUAUACUUUGAUGUCGAUGAGGACGGAAUCGAGCAUGAAGUGACUCGAGAUUCAAGACCAGAUGCCAUGAGGAGUCAAGUCUGGUACGGGUCUCUCGGUUCAGGCAAUCGUGUAAUGAAAGACAGGAGAAAGAGUAACCAGCUCCGAGACCGACACAACCUGAUCGGUCUUGAGAUGGAGGCAGCUGGCAUAUUGAAUGAUUUCCGGGUGGGAGUCAUUCGAGGGGUUUCCGACUACGCAGACAAGCACAAGAAAGCCACUUUUCGGCCAUACGCUGCUAUAAUGGCUGCAGCCUAUGCCAAGUUGGUCAUGGCCUUCUUGACGCCGGACAAACUGACACCCACGCCCCAAACUAUGCAGACUAGUCAGUAA